AUGUGUCCUCCUGCGCCAUUCAUUGAGGAACUGAUCGAUGGUGAGGUUUAAUGUGAUUGGAAUGGAAUGGAUCGAAGCGACGCGGUUGCGCUGCGGUUUCUGUUAGGGGAUACCGCAGCGCUCAAGUUGUUUUUAGUCGGGUGCAGUAGAAAAGUUGGCUCUGGGCACUCCAAUAGCUUUAUAAUAGAUUCCAGUAUUCUGAAAAAAAGAAAAAGAAACUAUAUUUCAUUCUACAGUAACAGUCUCCCUUCUAUGCGACUCCCUCUCUUUUGCAACUUUCUAUUUUAAAAGAAAAAGCCAUUCCAAGUGCGACCAGAACAUUUCAAAUAAGAGUUUGCAGUCCGCAACGAUCCGAACAUGAGAGUGUUCGACUUCGACAUCAAUGAACAUGUCGUCGAGAACGCCCCAGGCGUCCGUCUGGUCCACCUCAACGCCUACCGUGAGCGUCGCCCCGACGGUGCUGAACAGCAAGCUCAAGGCGUUCAAAGAGUUGCUCCACCUGGGCAGCCACGUCUUCGUCGUCGCUACAGCGAGCCCAACCUUCGUGCUCGUCAGUUUUUUUUUUGUCUGACUUUCUGAGAUUAGUGAUCUAGGUGAUGAUUACAAAAAAAAAAUCCUGAAGAUGUUUUGCUUUCAUUUCAUAGUGAGAAUGGUACACUUGGGGAUGAUUAAGAAUAAAUUUUAUAGCCGAGAUUAUUUUUCAGCCAUUCCCAUACAGCCAACAGUUCGUGAGGCUAUGAAUAUUGCUAUUAUUACCUCGAUGCUGAAUCGCUUUGCGAGGACCUUAUAUUGAUAUCAAAAAUCAGGCUUCAUACCUCAACAAAAACUACCUCGUUAUCCGCCUCGGGACCAUUUUUUUGGUCGAAGCGGAUGCUCCUUUAAUAUGGCCCGUCUUUUUUUCACAUUUUGAAGAUAUAUAUUACUCUACCGUACUCUCUUUUAUAUUAUAUUGAGCUCAUCUCAAAAAUCAAUCAUACUAUUACUUCAACAAAAAGUACCUCAAUUAUCGCCUCGGGACCAUUUUUUGGUCGAAUCGGAUGCUCCUUUAAUAUGGCACGACUUUUUGAAAUCUUAUUAUUCUACCGUACUAUUAACCUGGCCCCAGGUAAGCGCCUUUUCUCUAACUCUUUGCUGUCUCUCUUUCUCUCUAUCGCUAUCAUUUUCUUUUCUUCGAAAAACGACCUGCUAAAUGUGCGCUCCAUAGCGAAAUUCCAUUUUUAUGCUUUAGAGGGAUCCCUAUAGGGGUGAGGGAGACAAAUAGUCACUAUAGGUGUCGAAAAAAUGGUUCCUAUAGGGUCGUACCCCUUAGCAACUGAAGCUUGAGUGGUCCCUAGAGGGGUCGUUCAAUUUUAUUCGAAAAAGGUCCUUUUUUGUGGUUUUUUGCAUGGAAACGCUUCUUCGCAUGAAGUUCAUGAAAGUUAUCCGCUAAAAUUUUCCCUAUAGGGACCACUUUUGCAAGCUUUAGUGGCCCAUAUAGGGGUUGGUAAACUAAUCCCUGAAGGAAACCUUCCAAGGGCCCCUAUAGGGACCACUCUAGAGUUUUUAACAAAUUUUGAAAUUCUCUUCAGGUUUGGUACUGUUCAAAUCAGAAAAAAUCUAGGUUCUGAGGAAUUUUUUUUUUCAUGACUUUUCGAUUUUUUCGGAAGAAGAUUUUUCAUAAUAGUGGUACCGUUAGGAUCAUAGAAGGUCGUAGUAUUUCUGAGACCUCAAAAUUUUUCCUGAGAAAGACCCAAUCGGUUUCAGAGCGUCUUCUAAACGAGCCAACCUUCUACGAAAGACAUCGACCAGUGAUUUGUGUGCUCUGCCUCCUUGUUGGCGCUCUGAUCGCCUUGUCCGUCGGCGAACAAGAUCGUGAAGCCGUCGAUGGCAAUUUCAAGGAUAUGAUUGCGUCCUCCGUCAUUCCUUUGUACAUAACUUCUCAGAUUUUCAUCGUCGCUCGCAUGCUUCGUAACCGUCGCCAUUAG